CAAAGUUCCGUUCCAUUCGGAACUGACACUUCACAUCCGAAUGGAACGGAACUUUGCUGCAGGACCGAUACGAAAGGGGAACAUACAGGAAGGAAAACUAAUUGAAACCAUGAAAAAAGGUAAUACGCCCUACCGUGCCCCAAGAAUAGAACGAGCAGGAAUGGACAAAAA